UUCAUCUUCUGCCCCGAGGAUCUACUGGAUGGCAGAUAUCUGCCGCACAAAGCGCGUGUAGGCGAAUGAAGGCAGGAUAGUCCUCCAGGGCCACGUUGAAAUGGCUGAUGAAGGCAGUGAUGAUGACCACACCAACGGAGAGCGGCUGAUAGAGAACACACCGAUCUCCAUCGGCAGGAGAGUCCGCAGCCACCCCCUGUUCCGAUCCCACAACUGGCGCAGCAUGCUUCUGACACCGUGGAGAAGGCGAAAGGACCUCGCGAGAAGCGAGGCUCCCUCACCAGACAUCUCACGGCAGCCCUCGUCAGGAUCCGGCUCGUGGACAGCUCUGUCCGAAUCGGUGCCGCACGCGGCGAGCCAGAGCACCGUGGCGAGUAGGAUGGCGGCUGGCCGUGGGCGUGGUCGGAGGGAAGGGGACAGACACAUGCAUGUGUGUGCGCGGCCGGGAAACGUGCUGGAGGCUGCCAAGCGGGGGGAGGCCGAGUGGGUGGCGGCGCUGAUUGAGGCGGGAGCCGACACCAACCAGCUGGACAAUGUAUGUAGACAAACACGUAACCACGAUACACACACACACACACACGCGUGCAUACACGCACACACAGAGAGAGAGAGAGACCGUGGACGGCUGUGCCUGCUUGUCUUGUAUGUGUAUGCGUGUGUGUGUGUGUGAUCGAUCCCGUAGAGCGGGUGGACGCCGCUGAUGUGGGCGUGCGUCCGGCGGCACAUCAAUGUGGGGUUCCUACUCAUCCGAGCGGGGGCCCACCUCGCCCACAGGGCAGACGUACGUACGCCACGCCCACACACAUACACAUACACAGACAGACAGAUAGACAGAUAGAUGUCCACGCACAGCCAGACAAGUUCGCUGCAUGCCUGCCUGCCUGCCUGCCUGCCUGGCUGCCUGGCUGGCUGGCUGGCCUUGUUGUGGCUUUGUUGUGGGUGGCUUUGUAGUCUGGUUGGACGGCCCUCCACACAGCUGCUUACGUACGUGGCAAAGAUACACACACACACACACACACACACAGUCGACACACGCCACACAACGUUCACGCUCAGAGCACAGGCGGUGUGCGUCAGUCACUGUAUACGUGGCUGCGCCGUGCAGAGUGGAUCGCUGGAGCUGAUACGGCUGCUCGUCACGUCAGGGGCGUCUGUGCAUGCUACCGAGAAGGUCCGAAGGAAUGCAAUCGAUGGAUGGAUGGAUGGCCUUGCACUCACACCACUGGUCUGGUCUGGUCUGGUGUAUGAUAUGAUUUCCUCUGUCAGCGUCGGCGCACCCCACUGCACUUGGCGGCUUCCUCUGGCCAGGGCAAUGCCGUCCGCCAGCUCGUCAGAUUCGGCGCGAGACCACACGCCCGAGAUGAUGUAGGCACACACACACGUGAGAUGCGCAGCUGGAUGGAUGGAUGGAUUGACGCGGCUUUGUUGCAUUCGACGUGUCUGUGUGUCAAUCAGAACGGGUGGACGCCUCUGCACCUGGCUGUGCACCGGCAGCGAGUCGACGCGGCCACAGCGCUGCUGGACAGCGGAGCCGAUGCAAAUGCCGUCACAAAUGUGGGCGAGCGCAUCCGUCACGCAUUCGCAUGGAACGCGCGACAUGCUGCUCCUGUCUCUCUCUGUGUGUGUGUGUGCAGCACCAGCUCACGGCUCUCCACACUGCCGCCAGCCUUGAGAAUGACGAGCUCGUCGACCUGCUGCUGGCACAUGGGGCCAGGAUUGACGUCAACAACGCGGUGGGCGAGUGAGAUGCCUGCAUGUCGGUCGGCACAUCUGUGUGUGUGUCGGUGGAUGUCUGCCUGCCUGUCUGUGUCAACUCACAGGAUCUGAAGACGCCCGUCGACACCGCCGGCAAUCUCACGCUGAGACGGCGGCUGAUCGUGAGCACACAGUCAACAAACAGCAUUCAUUUCCACACAUCAAUCCACACACAGCGAUCUGUGCAAUCAAUGGCCCCCUAUGUGUGUGUGUGUGUCAGACGGCAGGUCGGUACCAGCGCCGCGAGGUGCUGUUUUGGGUCAUGGCCAAGGGCGACCCAUCACACCCCUUGGUCGCCUUCAUGGCCGACAACGCACAGUGGCUUAGGCAGCGAGUGGCCGCCUUCUUGUAACAUAUGAACGUGUGUGAGUGUGUGGGAUGAGGAGGUCUUUGUCGGUGAAUGAAUGAGCCGCUGAAUGAAUGAAUGGAUGGAGAGCUCCAUCGGGCAAUGCAAUCAAGGGUCCUUGUUUUGUUUUCCGAUGACUGACACAUGUCAGUCAGUCAUUGCCUGGUUGGUUGUGGUUUGGUUGUGUUGUGCCUGCCUGCCUGCCUGCCUGGCCGACUGUUUGUUUGGCAACACGCCAUGGAGGAAUGAACGGACGAAUGUAUGUCGUAUGCGUUUGUUUGCCUAUGUAUGGCCGCGUGACAAACAGUUGACGCUUGUGGAUG